GCUGCGUUCUCCGUUGCCGAGAUGGUGCUCGACCCAGCAGAGCAGCAUUUCAGACAUGUUGAAAAAGAUGUUUUGAUCCCUAAAAUAAUGAGAGAAAAGGCCCGAGAGAGGUGUUCUGAACAAGUUCAAGAUUUUACCAAAUGUUGCAAGAAAUCUGGAAUGCUUAUGGUAGUAAAAUGCCGGAAAGAAAAUUCUGCAUUAAAAGAAUGUCUAACCGCUUACUAUACUGAUCCUGCCUUUUAUGAAGAAUAUAAAAUGGAAUACCUGAAAGAAAGGGAAGAAUUCAGAAAAACUGGAAUUCCUACCAAGAAAAGGCUACAGAAGCUUCCAACAAGCAUGUAGGCAAAUACUCAAUGAUACUAACUCUAUUCAUGGAAAUCACAAUUACCUAAGAUAAUGGACUCAAGGAAUUGUGUUUGCUUAUCCUAAAUUAUGGAAAUAUUAAUUUUAUCUGAAAUGAAGUUUUUUUAAAAUAUA